AUGGGUGCAAAUCACGCAAAACACAGACCACAACCAGAUGUGAAUAAAACUUGCACAGAAAAAUUUCGAUUUAUCGAGGGAAGAAGAUAUCAUAAUCAAAAAACACUUUAUGAUUUACCUAACGAUAACGACGAAAUUGAUCGAUUAAAUUUAGAACAUUUUUUGGUACGAGCAGUUUAUCAAUCAAAUUAUUCAUCCCCUAUAAAUGAUCUAUUAACAUCAGGAAUCAGUGUUUUAGACGUUGGGUGUGGAUCUGGCGCUUGGGCGCUUGAAAUGGCCACUAACUAUCAUAAAUCAGAGUUUGUUGGAAUAGAUGUUUCACCAACUUUUCCAGUUUCAAUCAAACCACAAAAUAUCACGUUUCUGGAAAAAAAUAUUUUAGAAAGUAUUCCAUACGAUGAUGAGUCGUUUGAUUUUGUACAUAUGAGAUUUAUGUUACCUGCCUUCUCACAAAAACAAUGGGAAGAGAUUGUUAUAAAUGAGGUCAUACGAGUAGUUAAAGGCGGCGGAUGGUUAGAGUUGUGUGAAUAUGAAUUAUGUCAGAAUUGUGGUCCAGUAUUAGAACAUUUAUUAAAUCGUCGAAAAGACAUGUUUAAUGAAAUGGGAAUAAAUCCAUUGAUUGCUCAAUUACUUGGUAAAUUUAUGGAAAGAUCCGAACAUUUUGAAGAAGUAUAUCAUGAAAAAAAGACAAUUCCAAUAGGCGAAUGGGGUGGAAGAAUCGGUCAAGUGGGAAAAGAAGAUAUAGUCACAAGAAUGACAGCGAUAGGACCAGCAUUAUUUAAUUACAUGAAAAUAACGUCCAAGGAAUAUGAAGAUAUGAUGAAGCAAAGUAUCGAGGAAUUUAAUGAAUAUGAAACUUUUUUCGUUACGUACUUUUGA